AUGGUUAUUGCAUCUGCUACAACCCUGGAGGAAGCUCCCGAGCUCCAUCUCAUCGCUGGGAAGUCGGAGUUCACCCUACCUCACGCCGAGAAAUCCGCAGGCAGAGUCGUGCCAAUUGAGCACGGCCCAGACAGUAAAGUCGACUUUGGAGCCUACGUUUAUGGCAUUGAUCUUAACAAGUUCACGGACGCCGACUUUGAAUUCAUUUCCGAUGCGCUCCACAAACACAAAUUGCUUGUCUUCAAGGAACAGCCUCAAAUGCUCGCUCCUCAACGUACCUUCGAUCCGGAAGAGACAACCGGCGGCUUCGCCCAUGGCCCCGACCCCUUGUUGACCGAACACCAAGGAGUCAAGAUUUAUGGACUGCCGAAGCGCCCUGCCAUCCCCGUCCAACCUCAAGUCCAUAUACUCGGCCGUGGGCCGCUUCCUAAAAACCACUACCAGUUCCCCCCGGGUUUCGAAGUUCAAGGCAUCGACCACGAGGAAUUUCACCUACCGCCUCACAUACCGGCAGAAGAACGUGAAGCAGGUGCUAGCAGAUUCUAUCAGUGGCACUUUGAUGCAUCUUUGUACGGCAUCCCACCACCCCGCGUUGGUUGUCUCCUUGCCGUCCGCACUCCAAAGGGACCAGAUGUCACAGUCCGCUGGGACGAUGGCACUGGAACCGAGAUGAAGAUUGCCCCUGGAGCUACCGCUAUGGUUGCCGGUUCCCGCGCUUUGGCCCUACUCGAUGACGAAACCCGUAAUAUCGUUAUGAAUAGUCGCAUAGAGUAUGCCCCUCAUGCCUUCGUGUGGAUGUCAACGGCGCACAGUACGAGGCUCGGUCAUCUGUUGGAGACAGAGGGUUUGGAGAAACCGCUAGACCAGCUUCCCCCUUGGUCACAAGAAAAAGUAUGUGUAUAUCCUAUGGUCUGGACAAACCCUAAAACAGGGGAGAAGUCUCUCCAAGUGCAUGGACAAGGCGCCUUUAAGCUGUACUUGAAGAGCAGCCCAGAUGGAGAAGAGAAGAUGGUCACUGACUUGAAGGAGGUUCGGGCGAUCAUGAGACCAGCACUCAGCCCUGAGAAUAUCCAUGCCCACCCACAUCAAGAACAAGAUGUCAUCCUAUGGUACAACAGAUCCCUAUGGCACAGCAUUACCGAGUUCCCUAAGUCAUACGGCCCCAGGGUUAUGCAUCAAUGCAACGUUGCGGCAAGCGAUCAUCCGACCCAAUAG